GACAAACAUCGUCGAACUAGUCUCUGAGAAGAUGCCACCAAAGUCAGCUGCGGUCAAGACGGUCGCGGCCUCGCCUACUGGUACUGUUGCCGCUGCGGUGAAGAAGGCCGGUGCUGGACGCUCCAAGAAGAACAUCGUCAAAAGCAGUGGCCUCGAGAAGACGAAGAAGAGGAAGUCCCGCAAGGAAAGUUACGCGAUCUACAUCUACAAGGUGCUGAAGCAGGUCCACCCGGACACGGGAAUUUCGUCCAAGGCCAUGAGCAUCAUGAACAGCUUCGUGAAUGACGUGUUCGAGCGGAUUUCUGCUGAGGCAUCCCGGCUGGUCCACUACAACAAGCGGCAAACCGUAACGUCCCGCGAGAUCCAGACGGCGGUCCGCUUGCUGCUGCCCGGGGAGUUGGCCAAGCAUGCCGUAUCGGAGGGAACGAAGGCGGUGACCAAGUACACGAGCUCGCGAGAAUAGGCAG